AUGAAAAAAUAAUAUGGCAAUUCAUUUAUUUUAGACACUUCGAUUGGAAUGAACAACACUAUUUACUUGAGUCCCAAUACAAAAAAUACCAUGACCAACAGUUUUUCAAUGAAAACUGAUAUAUAUGAUCAAAAUUUACAAUGCAAUCUAUUUCUUUUUCUGUCAAUAGUACAUGGAAAUCAUCAAUUAAAUAAGCUUUUUAUUCAGAGAUGUGGGAACAAAGAUAAGUUUUUGCAAAUGCUCGACACUUUGUAGUACUCUACUUUGCUAACAAAAGUACUUCAGAUAGUUAAUUAAUAUUUUACAGAAACAUAAUCACAAACUUCUGAGUAGUAACCUAAUAGCAAUAAUAAAUCAUGGUACUCAUCCGAUUAAAAACCCACUCAAAAAUAAGGAAGCAAUGACAAAUUCUAAUCAAUGAUAAAGAAAAUUGUAACAACCGAUGUAGAUCCUUUGAAAUCCCUUAUUAAUAGGGUUCAAGAGUAAAACUAAAGCUAGUAUUUAUCAUCUAGUAAACUCACAUCUACUUCUCAACUUUCGAAUAAGCUGAGUGAGAAAUUGAUGAAAACUAAUAUACUCAAAGAUCAGUUAAAAGAGAAGAUCACUAAAUUAGCUAUGUAGAAUAGUUAAAAUUAGUAAUAUAAAAUAAUCAAAACUGAAUCAGAUGCCUAAACUUAUCCUACACUUAUGAGAGAUACUCCAAAUUAGACAAUCUCCUCAAAAGAACCAAACUUUCACAAACCAAACAGAAUCUCCUUUGGAUAACAAUAAAUGUUUAAUGUGUUAAAUGACGAUUAGAUUAUUGAAUAGGAAAAUAUAGGAACUAAUCAAUAUCCACUUAUUGAUUCCUCUCCCAAGUUUCUACAUCAUUAAUUUAAAGAUCAUACCAUCCAAACAUCAGAAACUAAAGGAAAUGUCUAUCUCCAAAAUGAUUUAAGCAAUGAUCACUCCUUGGAUUUAACUCAGGAAAAAUCCAGAAGAUUUGAAGGGACGUUUGGUAAAGUAAAAAAUAGAAAUAUAAAAAACAGAAAAAAGUCCAAUAGUGUUUCAGGUAAUCUGUCACCUUAAAGGAGUGACAGGUACAAUCAUGAAAUUGUUUCAAUCGAUUAAAUUUAACAUAAAAGGAAAAUCAGUAUUAAUAGUGUAAAUAGAAGGUAUAAUAUAUUAACUAAUGAAUAAUUGCAAUGA